UUUCAUUUUCUUCCUGAAAUUAUAAAAAAAUUAUUUUACUCAAAAUAAAACAAACCGAAAUCUGACCCAAAGAACACUAUACGAAAGCAUUAAUCUUUGCAGAAAGAAACCAUGUUGAGAACAGCUAUGCAACGCGCCACCCGCGCUGUUCUCCGGUCACCGCUUCCGGCCAUCACCACAACGCCUUUCCGCCGCCACUACUCUUCCAGCAACAGCAACUCUUCACCGUCUUCAGUAGUCAACUCCAUGAUUCUCCGUUCUCUAAAAGAUCACUACACUGAAGUCUCCAAAAUGGCUCCACCCCCUAAGGUGAGCCCACCUGCAGAAUUUACAGUAGUGAAAGGGGCACUAGAUAGUGGUGGUCCGGUUUUAAAGAGGAUGUAUGGAGACGAAGAGAUUAGUAUAUCGGUUAUGCGGAUGGUUAAUAUUUUGCCUGGAGUUGAUCCUUCCGAAAUUGAUGGUGAUGAUGAGAUCAAUCAGUUGUUUCUUCAUGCUGAUGUAUCGAAACCUGGGCAAGAGUAUGUUUUGCAUUUCCUGUGUGGGUUGUAUCCGGAUGCUUUGGGGAUUCAUUCGGUUUCUUUAAGACAUAAGCAUGAGACCUCGGGGCUUCUAGAGGUUCCAUCUAAAUACAAUGGUCCUAGCUUUGAAGCCCUUGAUGAUAGAAUGAGGGAUGCAUUUCACGGUUUCAUCGAAGAGAGGGGUAUAAAUGAUAGUCUCUUUCCUUUUUUACAAGCAUGGCUCUAUGUGAAGGAUCACCGAAGUCUUAUGCAUUGGUUCAAAUCUGUGGGGACAUGUGUUAAGAAGAGCAGUUAAACUUCAUCUCACUUAUUAUCGGCUAAAAGACCUGACAAUUUUUUUUGUUAAUGGGUGUAUCUGCUCUAAGGUUAGCAUAUGCUAAAGACAUUUAUUCCUAAGGUUAGCAUUUUCUAAAGACAUUUAUUCCUAAGUUUACCCUUUCAUCUUUCCAUCUUCAUAACAUAUGUUUAGCAUUCAGUUUCAUUUCAUAUAUUUUAAUCCUUUAAUCAUCUCAAGAACAUUUGAAUUUGGAAUCCUCAUUUUGAUCACCAAGUCAUCUGAAUUUAUAGAUUUUCAGGAAGAACGUUGUUACUUACGUGUUCGUCAAUACUACCUUAUGAAUGUAAUGAUUA